UAAAUUGUUGGGCUGAUUUUUUAUGUGGCACGGGUUUUCAAGACUGUCACUGCUUUCGUAAACUCGUAAGCGCAUCUGGUGGCGUUCAAGUCGAGCGAAGAGCCUCGCACUGCCUGCCUGCUGCUGCUGCUGCUGCUUUUGCUGCCGUUGCUGCUGUUUUUUCUGCUGCUGCGGCCGUUCCUUACUGCGCGCGUGCCGCCAUCCCUGUGCCUGUGCGGCCCAAGGGCAUGCGCGAGAAUCUCUUCGGUGCGGCGCUGCUGCUCCUUCACGUCCCACAAAGAUUCCGCCUUGCGAAGCGGUGGGCCGCUCGCGUCCCUGCUGUCCCCGCAUUUCCCGGAUCGCGCGACCAAGGAGGAGUUUUUACAGGAACAGCUGAGGCAGAGUUUCCUAGAGCAGCGGAAGCUCUAUUAGUAGCAGCAGCGGAAGAGCGGCGCGGGGAAAGGCGUGAAUGUGUUCCUGGGAUAAACGCUGAGACCAGCAAGCACUGGAUUUGCGGAGAAAUUCCGAUAGAAAAGGUUGAAUUUCCAGGCUGUGAGGAUCGCAGCGAGGCAUCGGUUCUAGAUUCCUGCUACGGAGGUGCAUUGGCUGCGGAACUCAGCUUGGGAGGCCUAGGAGGCGCAGGAGUAGUGGGAGGAAGAGGAGGAGGAGGGCAACCGGUUGAUAGCAGGUCAACGGGCAUUCGGGUAUCAAAUCCGCCGUUGUCGUCGUCGUCGUCGUCGUCGCAAGCAUCGUGGUCGUCGCACUCGUCGCCCGUCGCCAUGAUGCUUCAAUCGCAGAUGGGGCGCAUUGCUUGCGCCUAUCACCCUGGCGGCAGCCCUUCCCCCGCCGAAUCUCGAUCGCCCGCGGGAGCUUCCUCCCUCCGCGUUUCUCCUGGGAUGCGCGACCAGCUGCAAUUCCGAGUCGCACAGUCGCAGAGCCUCUUGCUGCGGCAGUCGCUGCAGCAGAGCCGUGGGAUGAGCUCUGCCGCCCGUGCGACAGGACCCGUCGCAUCCCAGUCGUCCGCAGCGGCAGCAGCUGCUGGGCACAUGGGCGGAGGGGUCGGCGGAGGGCCUGGCGGAGGGUCCGGGGGGGCGGGAGUGGCGGGGGCGGUGGCGGGGCCCGCAGCGGGGAUAGCGGAAACGGCUGGCGGAGCGGUUAUCGCGGACGCGCCACCCGUUAUUCAUCCGAAUGCGGUUGUGCAUCCAGACGCUGUGAUUAGGGAGGGAGUGGAAAUCGGGCCGUUCUGCACUGUUGGCCCCCAUGUGACCAUAGGGCGGGGCUGCAAGCUGCUGCCAGGCUGCCACGUGGCCGGGAACACAGUGAUUGGCGAAUUUUGUACUCUGAUGAGUGGGGCAGUGGUGGGGGCGGACCUGCCGGGCACGACAGUGAUAGGCAGCCACAACAGCAUCGGGUAUCACGCCACAGUGGGGGUCAAGUGCCAAGACCUCAAGUACAAGGAGGGCAGCGAGUGCUUCCUGGUGCUGGGCUCACACAACGACAUCAGAGAGCACUCGCAGAUCCACCGCUCUUCCAUGCCAGACGACGCCACUUUAGUCGGUGACAACAAUCUGAUCAUGGGAUCGUGCCACGUGGCGCAUGACUGCAAGAUGGGCAAUCGCAACAUCCUGGCCAACGGCACGCUUCUGGGGGGCCAUGUGGUCUUACACGAUUUUGUGCAUACGGGUGGGGCGGUGGCAGUGCACCAGUUCUGCCACAUCGGUUCUUACUCCUUCCUGGCAGGGGGAUCCAUGGUGGUGCGGGACGUGCCCACAUACACCAUGGUGGCGGGAGAUCGGGCGGAGCUGAGGGGGCUCAACCUGGAGGGGCUCAGGCGCUGCGGCUUCUCCACGGACCAGGUGCGCAACAUCCGGCGCGCCUACCAGCAGCUCUUUUUCUCUGUCGAUGCCUCCUCCGGCCUAGAAGACCGACUCGACCAGCUGGAGGCGAGUGAGCUCAUGGGUGAUGCUAACGUGGCUACGCUGCUCACGUCUGUGCGUGCCUCGUUUGGGGAGGGCAGGCGGGGGAUAUGCAAGUUCCGGCACUGGUCCAGUGUGGAGUGAGGGGAGGGGGAGGGAGGGGAGGGGCAAGACUGCAGGCGGGGGGGGAUAUGCAAGUUCCAACACUGGUCCAGGCGGGGGAUACGCAAGUUUUGGCUCUGGUCCAGUGUGGAGUGAGGGGAGGGAGGGGAGGGGGAGGGGAGGGUGACAGAUGGGGGAUAUGCAAGUUCCGUGAUAGUAGGGGGGGGGGGAUAGUAGGGGGAAUUGAGAGCAUGGGUCACAUUGUGAUUGUUGUUACCAGUCUCCCGUGGAUAUACUUCUGUUGAGCGGUUUCUAGCAGUUAGCAUGACCGUGUGUAUGGAAUUGAGCUGGGUUGUAGAAUUGCGGCUGUAGAGUUGCAGUUGUAGGGUUUGAUUGAUUGACGCAAUAUGUAUGUGGUACUGUGCAAACAGUAAAUAUGAACUUAAGGC